AUGGCCUCCCUCUUCAUCCCCCUCUUCCUCUUCACUCUCCACGUUUCCUCCACUCCCAUCACCGAGCCUGGCCCCGUCCUCGCCUCCCUUCUCAAGCGCGACAACGCCUGCGAACCCGGUCACGUCCCGAUCCUCUACGACAAGGAAUACGGCACAGGCGACUGCCCCCCCAAAUACACCCUCCAAGGCGACGGCUCUUGCCCCGUCAAAGUCUCCGAAGGGCCGUGCAUCUCUUACUGCGAGAUCCGGCAAAACUUCUACUACGGCGAAGAGGUACCCUUGGACAACGGCUUCUGCCACGGGCCCUUAACCUGCAGCAUCGCCGACGCCAAAACGAAAACCUACACCUGGAACAUCGGCGGCAGCAUCACCGCCUCCAUCAAAAGCGUCCUCAACAUCGGCGUCACCGGCGGCUUCUCCGACGCAACCACCACGACGCAAACGCGCACCACCUCCGUAAACCUGAAGGAUAAGCAAUGCGGCUACUUCACCUACCUCCCCAUCCUGCACGACUCAUGCGGCUCCCUGACGGAAGCGACCUACAUCGGCGGGCCAGAAUGGUGCAUCGACCCGAAAACGACAGGCAACUACUGCAUCACGAACCCGUACAAGUCCGCCGACGGCAAGCAAGUCCUCGGCGACACCAUCUUCGUCUACACAGACUGCGGCAACCACCAGCGCCUCCCCGCCGAGUCGCAGGAUCCCGCCUACAACCACCCCGGCGUGGCCCAGCCCCAGAACGCCUUCACUACCUUCAGUCAGGAUUGGGAUUGUGUGCUGAGUCCGCAGUGUCAGACGCCUGAUGGCUAUGCUAUUGAUCCGUCCUGUACGUGGCAGUUUGCCGGAUCCGCCGGCGGGGGGCCGGGGAAUGGGCCUUGA